AUGGAGCCAGAAAUUUUGUCCCAGAGUUUUAAAAUUUUCAAUGACCUGCGGCUGAAGGGGGCACUCUGUGAUGUGCGAAUGGCUCGUAUGAACAUUGAAGACUUCAUGAGGACUGUAAAAAACAAUGACCUUGUGAAGGCCAGUGAGGAGUGCAGGGUCAUCAUUAGUGAGGUUUUGAAGUCCAUAUAUGAGCUGGAAAUUAAUGUUCCACCAUAUUCGGACUUUCAAAACCCACUGACCCGUCCACGUCUGCCCUCUGCAAUCCUGCUGGCCACUGGUGGUUCCACCGACAGCCCGGUCAAUGGGAUUGAGGCCUACGACACCCGGGUCGACCGCUGGCUGGACGUCACGCAGGAGGGGGACAUCCCCUGCGCCUACCAUGGGGUUGUAUAUCUCAAAGGGUUUGUGUACUACAUUGGGGGCUGCUACAACGGAACCUGCUUGAACACCGUCAGCAAGUUCAACCCCAUCACGCGGACGUGGCACCAGGUGGCCCCGAUGCUCUCGCGCCGCUGUGAAGUGAGUGUGGCCACGCUAGAUGGCUAUAUUUAUGCCAUGGGCGGCUUUGAUGGCCACGGAGACCUCAAAACGGCUGAGCGGUAUGACCCAGAGACCAACAAAUGGAGCCUUAUCAAGCCCAUGAAUGAGUGGCGAAGUGACGCCAGUGCCACCACCAUACAUGGCAAGCAAAAUUUGCAUUUACUCUUUCCACAUCUCUUAUGCUUCAAUGGGAUCGAAUUCCUAUCUACUGCUGAGUGCUACGACCCACUUACUGACCAAUGGACCACGAUUGCGCCAAUGAGAACUGCCCGGCAUGGCCUUGGAGUCAUUGCUUUUAAUGACAAAAUCUACGCAGUGAGUGACUACUGUCUCGUACCUUGAACCAUGGGUGUCAAG